AUGUCGGAUCACGAGAACACCGCUGAAAACGCCUCCGAGUUCCAAUACAAGCAACCACCACAAAAGACGAUCGACGAGCUUCUCAGCGCUGACAAGGAGGACGAAUCGUUGAAAGUCUACAAAGAGAAACUUCUCGGACAAGGAACCGUCAUCGUCGACGAGAAGAACCCAUCCCGUGUGAUUGUUCGCUCCGUCGAGUUGCUAUUCGAUGGAAAGGAUUCCCAAUCGUUUGACUUGUCGGACCCAAAGAAGCUACUCAACUCGGACUUAUCUGUCAACAUCAAGGAGGGAUCCAACUAUCGCCUCAGUUUCUCCUUCCAUGUGCAACGAGAGAUUGCCUCGGGACUUCACUACAAGCAUAAGGUGAAACGUUCGGGAAUUACCGUUGAGAACGAGAAGUACAUGAUGGGAAGCUACGCUCCAAAACUCGAAAUCCAGCAAUACAAAUCUCCAAACGAAGAGGCUCCGUCGGGAAUGAUGCAUCGUGGAAAGUACAAGGUUCACUCCAAGAUCACCGACGACGACAACAACGUCUACCUUGACUGGCAAUGGACGCUCCACAUCACCAAGGAGUAA